AUGAAGAGCACUCUCCUCACCGCGGCCGUGCUGUUGGGCGCGGCCCAGGCCGAAGUCCACAAGCUGAAGCUGAAGAAGGUCCCCAUCGAGGAGCAGCUUAACUCUGUUCCCAUCGAGCACCAAGUCAGACAGCUCGGCCAGAAGUACAUGGGCGCCCGCCCUGACAGCCAUGCCGAUGCCAUGUUCAACCAGAAGCCUUUCACAAGCACUGGCGAGCACCCCGUGCCUGUGAGCAACUUCAUGAACGCUCAGUACUUCUCCGAGAUCGAGAUCGGUACUCCUCCCCAGACCUUCAAGGUUGUUCUGGACACUGGUAGCUCCAACCUGUGGGUUCCUUCCCAGCAGUGCGGCAGCAUUGCAUGCUACCUGCACUCCAAGUAUGACUCUUCGUCGUCGUCCACCUACAAGUCCAACGGCUCCGAGUUCGAGAUCCACUACGGCUCUGGCAGCUUGACUGGUUUCGUCUCCCAGGAUGACGUCUCCAUUGGCGAUCUUAAGAUCAAGAAGCAGGACUUUGCCGAGGCCACCAGCGAGCCUGGCCUUGCCUUUGCCUUCGGCCGCUUCGACGGCAUCCUCGGUCUUGGUUACGACACCAUUUCCGUCAACAAGAUUGUUCCCCCCUUCUACAACCUUGUUAACCAGAAGGCUAUUGACGAGCCUGUCUUCGCCUUCUACCUCGGCGACACCAACGAGGAGGGCGAUGAGAGCGAGGCUACCUUUGGUGGCCUCGAUGACUCUCACUACGAGGGCAAGAUCACCUACAUCCCCCUCCGCCGCAAGGCUUACUGGGAGGUUGACCUCGAUGCCAUUACCCUUGGCGACGAGACCGCUGACCUUGAGGGACACGGUGCCAUCCUUGACACCGGUACUUCUCUGAACGUCCUUCCCUCUGCUCUUGCUGAGCUGCUCAACAAGGAGAUCGGUGCCAAGAAGGGCUACAACGGCCAGUACUCUGUUGAGUGCUCCAAGCGUGACGAGCUUCCCGACAUCACCUUCACUCUCUCUGGCUACAACUUCAGCAUUUCCGCUUACGACUAUGUCCUGGAGGUCUCUGGCAGCUGCAUCUCCACCUUCCAGGGCAUGGACUUCCCCGAGCCGGUCGGCCCCCUUGUCAUCUUGGGAGAUGCCUUCCUGCGCCGGUGGUACUCUGUUUACGACCUCGGCAAGAACGCCGUUGGUCUGGCCAAGGCUAAGAAAUAA